UGCAUUCCGGUUCCGGCUCCCCGGUGCGUGCGCCGGGUCGUGUGGAGUGAUCGCGUGUGUGCUGUGCUUGAGUGUACUAUAGUAGCUGUGCUGCCGAAAGUGUGCAUUUGUGUGUGUGUGUGUUUUUAUCACAAUCCGUAAAUAAUUCGGCACGACAGAUUCCGUAUCUCAACGACCGCCGUGCACGCAUUGUCAGCACGGCGUUCUCUAACAUACAGCGCAGUCGCCGAUAAAUGAUCUCGCUCCUUCGUUCCUUAGCCUGCUCGCCGUCAUCAAGCCCAUACGUCCUUUCGUCGGUCCUCUCAGCACAUCGUAGAAGCCUGGCUAUGGCCGCUAAGAGUGAUGUCCUUGCAGAGGCAAGCAGUCCUUCUUGGUGUGUACCAGGACAAGGAUAAGGACAAUGAAGGGGACUUUGUUCUCACUCCUAGCGCCAAGCAGUUUGCGGCCAACAGCAAGCUGACUGACCUCCUCGAAUUGACCAAAGGUUCUUUCAAGAAGGGUGAAACAAGAAUUUUCUAUGGCUUGGACGAGAAGUACCCGAUCACCUCUGUCGUGCACCUGGGUCCUCGGCAAGCCGAGGUCCGGGAGCUUGAGGAGUGCGACGAAGCUGCAGAGAGCGUUCGAAUUGCUGUUGCGGCUGGUGUGCGAAGCCUGCGCAGCGUUGGGGCCACAGCUAUUGACGUGGACCCCUGCGCCAAUGCUGAAGCUGCUGCGGAGGGCUGCACUCUGGCGUUGCACGUGUUUGAAGAGCUCAAGAAGAAGGAAUCACGGAAGCUUCCCGUGGCAGUGUCACCCCUGAACGAGCAGGAGCUGGACAA